AUGCAAGAUAAUCGUGCCAAUCCAAGCGAUAAGAAGCGUAACAAACAUCCAAAUCGAGCACCAGCACCACAGGACCCGGAGUCCAUUCACCAACAAACGCGUCGCAUUAUCAAUGAUAUGCCCAUCACUCCGACCAUGUAUGAUGGCUCGUAUCCGGCGUACGAAGAAUUUACCACCACGCUCGUAGCAUUAUCGUCUGAAUCCGAGCUUAGCUUUUCUUCCGAGUCACCGGACAGUGAUUCCGCCGUCCACUAUCAGACGGCCGAUCCGAUCGUAGAGCUUCCAUUGACCCCACUGAGGGAUGACGCCCAUUCCCGAGAGUGUGUCGAAUGCGAAGCUGUAUCACCGAGCAUGAUUGGGACAGCACUCGGUUCCGGUACCGUACUGAUGCAACGAUCGUUGGAAAAUCGGCUAGCAAAGCAGCUGGAGGAGAUGCACGCCCUAAUGGAUAACGAUGAGGAUCCGCUGGUCGUACUGAAGGAACCGAGCAUCCGAUCGAUGGCAUCGCAACCGGCCUUCAACAAGGAGAUGAUGCGUGGCUUUAUGGAGCAUUCGGAAACGAUGUUUAACCUGGUGCACGAUACAAAUGGCAACAGUGACACGGCGACCAGUGUACAGUUUGUGAUUGGGAUCGAGGAAGAAAAAGCAACCGACACGGAUGCACCCGGAUGUUCACACAGACAGGUUCGGCACUCGAACGCGGUGCCGACUAUAACCGAUGAGCUUCAGGAGAGUGAGUUUGUGGGAUGCUUCAGCAAGGACAAUAAUAUGGUGCUGUACAAACGGACGAUGCAGGAAGGAUUAAAAAGCGAGCAUGAUGAUCGGAAAAGUAUCGAAACGCUUAUUGCCCAUCAUGCGGAGUGUCUCGUGGAAGCGGAUAAAGUCACCGAACCGAGGGUCCACGUACGGCAGGGAGAUGAUAAUAAUUUGCUUGCGCUAUUAACGUUUUCCGAUCAGUCGUCGGCCGUACUUAAAACAUCCAGUGCGAUGGCGGAAGAAUUCGUCACGGAAGAGGAGCUGAAUCAAGCGUUACUUACUACCUAUCGGCAGCUGCUAUCUAAACCGGACGAAAUGAUUUCGAUGCAAACACAAGCCGCUUCCGGUUCCCAAGGUCCCAAGCAGCGUGGUUCUGAAGCAAAGCACCAAUUACGUUCCGACCCAAGGAAUAAUCUUUCGACAGGAACAUCUAGCUUCUGUCUUUCGAAUGAAUCCUCAGCUGGAAUGGUGGUAGAGGGAUCGAGUAAGAAUUGGAUCAAACGUCCCACAACGCGACAUGCAUCAGAAAUCGUUCUCAACCUACGGUUGCUACUGGAGGAAUACAUUCUGCGAAACAUUUCUGUAACUGGGACCGUUUUAAAGUUUGUCUCGCACGUCCUAUCGGAUGUACUACGAUGCACCCAGCAGGAAAUAGAAGACGACUUUCGACAACUUGAUUUGCUGGAUAAAAUCAAACGCGUGCUGGACGAGCUACUAAUGCCCCAGGAGCUCGAAGAUCCGCUUAUGAUCGUAAACCAGUUGCGUCAUACGAUUGAAGAGAUUCAAAGCUAUCCGAUACGAACUCGGACGAUUAUGAGUGGUGAAGAUGCGUGGAACUGUGUAUUUAAAAUGCUGGAAAAGCUAUCCUGUGAGUUGAAUCACGCAAUCGAGCAACCGGAACAGUUUGUGGAAGCAUUGCAGUACGGAAUACGGGCUGUUAUUGAUGCAUCUUAUAUUCGUUCCACCGAUCAGCGAGCUGGAAAAGUAGUCUCGAUAGAUCCUUCGCCUGUACAACUAAAUCCCUCAUUUCCCAGUACUUCAAGCAUUCUGAACAUGGACCGAUUCGAAGCACCUUCGGUAUCGUUUUGCAGGCCCUAUGCAUGCUUUCUAGAGCGUAUAGUGUUGUGCAUUUGGUCGGUACUGGUGUGGAUAGUGAACCAGAUGAAUAGCUUUUGGGACUUUCUCAACAGUCCUCCGCCGCCGCUUCUAUCUGAUCCAUCAGCUACUUUCAAACAGCGCGGUUUGGAUGACCAACAGCAUCAGUCCGAUCGCGAUCACCUAAAUCAGGCGACAAACGUUUUACGAAUUGUGCUGGAGAAAUCAUCCGAUCGACAGGAGGAAAAAGAAGAUGGUAAACGUACGGUGAACGAUCGUUCGAUGAACCUGUUUACCCAACUGCUAAAUGAUGCCGGUAACAUUGAACUAAAAUACUCAAACUCACAUCACAACAUCCGGCUGCAGCUGCAUUCGAGCAUUUCGGGAUUGCUGCAAAAACAGGAAGCGGACGAGUACUACACGCUGGCGGGAAACAUUCGUGAUCAUGAGGCUAAUGUGACUGUAUUUUUCGACGCACGUGUCAUCGCACUGGAAUCGUUGGCACAGGUUGAAUCGUUUUUGGAGUCCGUUACCCGAAUUGAGCGUCUGUCGGACGAUGUCGACAAAAGCAGUGACGAGUUAUCGGACGAAACGGUAGUACACGUCCCUUCGGGAGUCCGGGAAAAUGAUGGAAAACUGAUUGUUAGUGAAAUGAUUCACGAGAUGGUAGCGAAUGGAAACUACGAGGAACAGAUGCAAUCGAUCAGCUCUUUAGAUGCGGAACAGUUGCUGCAGGAAAUAAAGCAUUGUUUGCAGGAUUUGUUAGAACCGGUGACGAUGGCGGUACAUAAAAUAUUUGAACGAUUCGGACGGGAUGAUGUUGGGGAUUCGUUCACUGGUGCGGCGGAAGAAUCAACACUCCAGUAUACUGUGGGAAUCGAAGAACAGACCACGUGUCCUGAGAACAAAACAGAAAUUCAAGAUGCUAGUGAAGAACGAGUUAACUAUCCAGAAAAUGACGAGCAAAUUGGAGUUUCAGUUGAGUUCAACGAGGAUCAAAUAGUCGACAAGGGUUUAUCGGGCGAAAAAGAAGUUGUGACCGAAACACAGUUAGCGGAAACGCUGCAGGAGUUACUAGUACUUUUCCAUGUCACCAAUGAUCGGCUAGCAGUAAUUGACACGGAUAUUGCCGCUAUUCGAAAUCAAGUCCAGCAACUUGGUGCCGUAAAUCAAGGACCUUUUGAAGGAUGCAAACCCAUCCGGACGGAAGAACGAUACUCGCGUCGUAAAUCUUCCGUAAAACAUGUAGAAAUACCCUCCGAACCGCCGAAAACCCAAUGUCCGAUGCAACUUAAAGGGGCAGCACUUUUUGGACAUAGUGGUGCAUACUGUCCGACAGAAAUAUACUCCUGUCAUGCAGUAGCACCGGAUGUGCUAAUCGUUCACUGGCGCGUUAUGGAUGAGAAUGUGCUACACUGUAUCACCGGUUUUGAAAUUUAUGUUGAUGAUCAACUACGUUCGAUUUGCUUUUCGAACAAACGACGAACAGCAUUGAUUGGCAAUAUUGAUCUACAGAAGAGUCAUCAUAUUAUGCUGCACGUGACAUCUCAACUUGAUUCGGAUGGUACAUGCAAAAGGACAGCGUAUUGGGUACCCGCACUCUUUCUGUAUCAUACGUGA